AUGGGCUUUUUGGUGAACGCGGUGCCCACACUGGUGCCUGUGGCCUCCUUUGCCGCAUACCUGCUCAUGGGCCGCAACCUGAGUGCAGCCGAGGCCUUCACCAGCCUGAGCCUCUUCCAGGUCCUGAGGUUCCCCCUCUUCCAGCUGCCACAGAUCAUCACACAGGCCACCCAAGCCCAAGUGGCGCUGGGCCGGCUGCACCAGCUCCUCUCAGCGGAGGAGGUCACCUCCUCCCACGGCUCCGCCUCGAGCCCCGGCGCCGCCAACGGCGUCGGCCACGCCGCCGCCGCCCCGGCCGCCGCCGACGGCGCCGGUGACGUCACGGGUGACGUCAUCGCUCCCGCCGUCAGCCUGCACGGGGACUUCACCUGGGACCCGGACCGCGCCCCCACCCUGGUGGACCUCGACCUCGACAUCCCGCGCGGCAAGCUGAUCGCAGUGGUCGGCAGCACAGGCGCCGGCAAGACCUCGUUCCUCAUGGCUGCCCUGGGACAGAUGCCCCAGGCCCGCGGCCCGCCGCCCCGCAUAGAGGGGUCGGUGGCGCUGGUGCCGCAGGCGCCCUUUGUGCUGGCGGGCAGCGUGCGGGACAACAUCCUGUUCGGGCUGCCCUACGAAGAGGGCCGCUACUCCAGGGCCGUGAGGGCGGCCUGCCUGGAGCAGGACUUUGAGGCACUGCCGGCCGGGGACGCCACAGAGCUCGGGGAGCGCGGCAUCAACAUCUCUGGCGGCCAGAAGCAGCGCGUCAGCAUCGCGCGCGCGAUCUACGCUGACUCUGACGUGGUGCUGCUGGACGACCCCCUGAGCGCCCUGGACGCGCGCGUGGCCAGGAGGGUGUACGACCUGGGGGUGCGGCAGGCCCUCGCCCGCAAGACCGUGGUGCUGGCCACCAACCAGCUGCAGUUCGCGACGCACCCCGCGGUACACACCGUGGUCUUCAUGCGGGACGGCCGCGCAGAAGAGGUGGGGACCCUGGAUGAGCUCAUGGCCAUCCCGGGGGGCGGGUUCGCCGCAUUAGUCAGGGAGACCCAGCUCGAAGAGAACGACGGCGAGAAGUCCUCGCAGGAUGACGACGUUGACAAACUGGACGAGGCGUCACCCGGUGACGCCGCGGGUGACGCCGCGGGCGGCAAGGCGCCGCCCGCGGGCGACGGGAAGCUGCCGAUCGCGGCGGCGGCGGCGGUCGCAGGCGGCCCCGGCGCCGUUCCGGGGGGCCGGCUCGUGCAGGCAGAGGGCGCCGCGUCGGGGCGGGUGUCAAAGGAGGUUGUCGCGGCCUAUGUCAAGUCGUGCGGCGGCUGGGGGGUGGUGGGGGUGCUGGGCAGCUUCUACGUGACGUCCGAGGCGCUGAGGGUGGGCACGUCCCUGUGGCUGUCCUACUGGACCAGUGUUGUGGAUGACCCCCACCCCAGCUACACCCCCAAAUUCUUCAUGACCUGGUGA